AUGCAGCAAGUGAUUGUCUACUCAAGCAACGAAGCUCUUGUUUACGGAAGGAAGAAAUUAAUUUUUGUAACCUUCACUCCCACCGUCUCGACUGCACAGCACUGGGGAAUCCCGCUCAGUCGUCGCUUUCGUGCCUUGAAGUUGUGGUUUGUGCUGCGCAUUUACGGAGCCAACGGUAUUCGGGAGUACAUUCGCCGGCACGUCAAACUGGCCCAACAAUUCACCGAAUACAUACAGUCCGAUGAUCGAUUUGAAUUGAUUGGAAAACCCAUAAUGGGAUUGGUUUGUUUUCGCUUGAAGGGUUCCAACACACUGAACCAGUAUUUGACACGUGCUUUAAACGAGAGCCUUGAACUGCAUGUCGUUCCGGCCGUGGUUAAGGAUGUCUAUUUCAUUCGCUUCUGUGUGUGUCGGGAAGCGUGUGCUCCGGCUGACAUUACCCACGCUUGGGAGGUGAUCUCGCUCAUAUCUGGUGAAAUCCUCCGGGCCCAGGAUGCGCUGGAUCAGUGGCGACAUUACGUUCUGGGUAAGACUGGUACGGACCCAGCUAAGGCCGGAUUGGACGAACUGAACACUGGAAGUAGUGUGAGUGAUGAAGAGGACGAUCAGUACUGGGAACGCGCGUUACACCAUGGUCAGGCGAGUGAAGACCUAAUGAGGCUGGUGAAGAAACGUUUGUACGAGUUACAGGAACUCGGAGCAACCGAUGCGUACAAUUUACUGUUAAGUUACUUGCAAAACUCCGGAUGGUGUCUGGACGAACUGGUGCCCGAUGAUUUGAUCAUAAAGGCCGAUGCUUCAGCUCCCGUCGUCGAUGUAGAGGCCUCUGUCCGAAAUGUGCAGCUGAAUGAUGAGGAAAAUGAGGCUCGGUUAAGUGACAUGGAAGAUUCCGGGAAAUACAGUCUUCAUAAUGGUUACGAUCAUUCACCCGAGCGUCAAAACAUGGUAAAAGAAGGUAACAGUCUUCAAGAAGAAAAUGAAAAAUCAUUAACGAAGAAACGUGGUGAGGACGAGACAAACCAGUGCAGUUCAAGCAAUGCUAGCCCCGGGAUUCGAAUACGUGGUAGAGUCCCAAUACAGAAUUCCCUUAAGGGAUUCGUACAUUAUUCUCAUCUAAUCGAACCGGAAGACGAAUUCUUCUUGCCUUCAGACUUGUCGAUUCACGAGGACACAUGCCCUCGCUCGCUGCUAACAGACGAGCAAACUUCCAGUCCGAUUGUGGAAAGAAAUCGAGCUUUUCCGUGUUAUGCCGCGUCUAACAAAGCGGACCAGAUAGUGCAACGUGAUCACGUGACCCACAGACGGCUAAGUUGUCAAAAUAAUGCUUCUAGUGAAAAAAACAUACCCAAUGAAAUACGUCCACAUUUCGAGAUGUAUCAAGCCCGAGAACUAAACAGCACGGCGCCUUUAUCCCAGACUAAUUCAUCCAUAGGGAACCGUGCCAACAGUAGUACAUUGUCAAAAUCGUUCGAUCACAGCACCACAAUCGGAUCAUUCAUGCGUCGACCGAUUUUUCCCUCGCAUCCCGGACCCAAUCGUGAAGCGUAUGUAUGCGAACGGGACUUAGCUGUGGGAAGUGUGCACGACCGCACCUUGGAAAAAGUACAACGUAGUGUUUUGCGAAAAAUGAUUUCCGAGCCGACAUCAAACUCGAGUCGAUUUGCCGCUUUCGAAGAGUCGAAACGAAACCGGGAGUUGCGGCCGCAUAUUCGUUGUUUUCUCGAUGAGAUUCUCACUCCAGCUCAGUUGGUCUUGAACAAAUCCAUCAGUUCCAAACCAGAUAUACGACAAUCAGUUGUGAAGAGUGAGAGCAUCAUUGAAAAGGAUGGUGACGCGGUCUCUACCAAUCCGGGCAAUGUGAAGCCCAAACGUGACGGUCGAGAAAGCAUCUCUAGCACUUUGGAAUCGAAAUGUGAUCCGAUUGUUUCGGCUCAGUCCCCUGGUUUGUCUGCCGAAGAUACAGACGACCAAAAGCUAUUGCAGUAA